AUGUGUCCGAAACAAUGCCUCGGAAUCACCAAAAAAGGCGCCCGAUGUCUAAUAAAAGUCUCCAAAGGCGAGUUCUGCCACUAUCAUGUGCCUCGCCAUCAACAUACUGCUACGCGUCCCGGAUCGCGUCCUAAUAUUUUUCAAUCAGCCCAAGUUCCUCGGAAAUCGGCAAACACAUCUUCACUUCCGGCAACACCCAAAAAGGAUUAUGCUACCCAGCCAGGCUACAUCUACGUGUAUACAUUGGCGUCUUUUCUAUCGAAGCAUGCAAAGGGAGGAUGGGUCCAAACCAGAAACUUUUCAAGUGAUAAGCGACACAAAGAUAAAUGGGUGGAUGUCGAUAUGCGCCGGCUGGAGACGUUGUUGGUGAAGGUCGGCAUGACUACAAAGACCCCUGCGAUUCGGAUCCUGCAAUGGGAGGCCAAAUGUAACCACGAGUUGCAGUGUCUCUACCCUGGAUCACAUCCGCAUUUAGGCAAGUCCAGUCUCCUGCGGAUGUUCGGGAAUCUAUCUAUAAAAAGCAAGCCUGAGACAAAAAACCUCCAUGCCUACGUGGCGCACCAUCAUGGGUUCUUUGUUCCACAAAAUGUUCUUCAUUGCGAGCAGCUGAUCCACCUGAUCCUCAAGCUGAAAUACGGCAGGGGCGAGAUUCACUGCACAGGAUGCCAUGAAAAAUCCACUGACGUAGAAGUCAAACAGUCUAGGUUUUGGAACAUCUUUCGAUCGAAGGAAGAAGCCAUGGCAAGGACUGACUACAACAUUCACAACGAGUGGUUUCCCGUGCCUCGUAAAAGCCUAGAUGACGUAUUCUCCAUCAUCAGUUCCGAAUGUAUGAAAUACAAGCCCUAG